AUGAAAUGAAAUCACUAAUCAGAAAUAUAAAAAUUAAAUCAUUGUCUAAAGAAAAUUGAACUGUAAAUUAAUGAAAUAUAUUAAAGAAAACAAUAAAAAAAACUCAUAUAAAAUUUAAGAUAGCUCCAUCGUAAGAAAUAAGAAUCAGUAAAUACAACUAUUGCAGUCACACAGGAUACAGUCGAAUUACACACCGAUACAACGUACAAUAAUAUAUAUCAAGAUGAUGCGCUACGAUGAAGGUGAACUCACAGACCAUAGGCCCUGUGCUGGUGUAAGAGCGGACCUCAAGAUGUGUCUAUUGGAAUCGGACUGUUGUAAAAUAGAAAGAAAGUUGCCCAAAGACUGCUUGAAAGAGAAAAACUGUCCACCAGAAUGUUUGGCAUUACAAAAUACAUUUUUUGAAUGCAAGCGGUCACUUUUGGACAACAGACAGCGAUUCAGAGGAAGAAAAGGCUAUUAACAGUGUACAAUGUAUAUAGAUUUCAAGAGGACAAGACUUUCUCUGAUGUUUAUAUAUCUAUUUUAUUUUUAUAGUUUUUUUCUUUCCGGUUGUUAAAAAUAAAGUAAUUCAAAAUUAGUUUUUAUUUACACUUAAAUUUGUAUAGAUUUCAUUAACAAAAAUGUUUCAUAUAUUACAAAUAUACAAGUUCUUAAAAAUUAUAUUUUGUAUAAG